UAAAGGGAACAAAUAAAGACUGUAACUAGCCUCAUGCCAGUUCAAGUCAGGCUUUGCCAUGAAAUGAGCAUGCCGUGAACCUAAGAUACAAAACAAUAUUCACUGCAACAUCACGUUUUAAACAUUUAUUUCUCACAGUUCUGGAGGCUAGAAGUUCAAGAUCAGGGUGCCAGCACGGUCAGGCAAGGGCCCUCUUCUGGGUUGCAGACUUCUCAUAUCCUCACAUGGUGGAAGGGGGCUAGGGAGCUCUGUCAGCUCUCUUGUAUAAAGGUGCUAAUCCCAUUCAUGAGGGCUCUGCCCUUAUGACCUAAUCACCUCCUGAAGACCCCAACUCCUAAUACCAUCACAUUAGGGAUUAGGUUUUUAACACAUGAAUUGCGGGGUGGGGACACAAACAUUCAGAUCAUAGCAAAUAUAUUUUGAGUAAUGGCAACAGUUUAGAGCUCCUAAAUAAAGAUCAGAGGUAAGGUGACCCAUCAGGUCCCAAGAACCUAAGGACAAGUUUCCCUGUUGAGUUGCUUGGAGGAGCUUGGAGGAACUAGAAGUGGGAACCAGCGAAAACAGUCCUGGGAUGACCAGGGGCACUUCUCCCAAAGAUGGAGAAAUAAAUGGAGAAAUGCAGGGCUACCUCUCUCCCUUUGACAAGAUGCCAUCUCCUAAGGACCGGCUUGCAUAUUCUCUUCCCCUCCUGUGACCAGUCUCCCAAGGAAGAUAAGCAUUGGGUGUUUUUAUAAUGGCCACACAAACUAGUCCUAUCUUCCACGGUCAAGAUAAUAAGUUUCUGGAAAAUCAUUGCAUGAGGAGAAACAAUGACAGAGAUCCAAAGAAGCAAUUGAACCAGAAGAAUAUCAAUGAACGUGGCCAAAACCUAGACAAUGGACUACUGGUUACACAUAUUAACCAGACACAGGACUUGCUGAGGCUGCAGGGCGAUGAGACCCAGCUCUCUUCAGCUUGGGAGGAUUCAGAAGAUUGGCUUUUAACACACAAUUUAAAGUCUAUGAAACUCACCUUGGAUGACCUGAUAAGCCAGGGCACAGCCAUGCUGAAGGAGGGUAGCAAUGUCAUGAGGAAAAUGCACAUCUCCACCCAGACCAUCCACCAAUUGGAAUCCAAGCUUUCUGAAGCUAUUGAACUCUAUCAACAGAGAAUUCAGUGGCUCACAGAAAACAGCAAGAAGGUAUUUGGCCUCAUCAAGGGGGCCAGAGUCGGCGUCCUCAUCGAUGUGUCAGCUGUCAGCAGUGGCCCUCAGAAGGAGGAGUUCCAAAGUGACUUCAUGAGCCUCAUUGAUGAGCAGCUGAGCCACAAGGAGAAGCUGUACGUCCUGUCCUUCGGUACCACCACCAGCACCUUGUGGCCCAGCCCGGUGGAAGUCGGCACCUCCAGCCUCCAGGAACUCAAGCUCUGGGUAAAGAAACUGCAGCCUGACAGAGGCAGCAAUCUGCUGGAAGCCCUGAAGAAAAUCUUCGCUCUGAAGGGGCUGAAUUCUCUGGUGAUCAUAAUGGGAAGCUGCCCAGAUCAGCCUUCUGAAAUCCUGUCCGAGUACAUCCAACAGUCCAUCAUGGGACGGGACCUCAUCACCCACAUCAUCACCUACAAAUGCGAUGAUCAGGUGCCCCCUGCUGUUCUGAAGCACCUUGCAGAAGCUCUUGGGGGCUACUAUCACUGCUACAGCCCAGAGACAGAGAUCUACAGCAGCCGGGAGGUGGAUGAGCUGCUGGCAGAAAUCCAGGAGGCCCAGAGCCUCCGGGGCCACGUGCAAGCCCUGCACCAGAGCGUCCCCUGCGAGGAGCGGACCGGCUCGAUGCACGAGAUUUCCACAGAGGUUGCAAAGACGCCACUCACGAGUCUCUUGCCUAAACCCCCAAAGCAUGAGGAUCCCCUCACUAUUGAGUUCCCAAACUUGGACAAGACUUCUGCAGAAUGGCUAAAGACCAAUAGCCUGAAAGCCAAGAAGCUAAGCCUUUAUCAGGUUCUGGCACCCAAUGCAUUCUCUCCCGUGGAGGAAUUUGUGCCUAUUCUCCGGAAGACAGUAUCAGCAACUAUCCACGAGAAGGCAAUGGUACAGUUUGAAUGGCAUGAUGGGACAAUGAAGAAUAUUCACGUGGACCUGCCCUUCCUGUAUGAGUACCAGAAGCAGCUCAGCAGAGCUAUGCGGAUGUAUGAGAGACGGAUCGAGUGGCUCUCCUUGGCCAGCAGAAGAAUCUGGGGCACCGUCUGCGAAAAAAGGGUGGUUAUACUGCUCGAUAUCUCUGUGACCAAUUCCAUGUACAUUAUUCAUAUCCAGCACUCCCUGAGACUUCUGCUGGAGGAGCAGCUGUCCAACAAGGACUGCUUCAACAUCAUCGCGUUUGGAAGCACCAUUGAAAGCUGGAGGCCCGAGAUGUUUGCCGCGAGCCAUAGCAACUUACAAAGCGCCUGGCGGUGGGUCCUGAGCCUGCAGUGUCAAGGCAGCAGGAACGUCCUCAGCGCCCUGCGGAAGGCUGUGGAAGUGGACUUCAAGGACAAAGACAAACAGCAAUCACAGGGCAUCUACCUCUUCACCGGGGGCAUCCCUGACCAGGACAUGGCCAUGCUCAGCGCCUACGUGGCCGAGGCCCGUGUGGGCUGUGACUUACAGCUGAACGUGUGUCUCUUCUACGUGGGCGAGUCACAGAUGGACACCACGCCCCCUGCCUGCUAUGCCAGCCGCAGUGACACGGCCGCCGCCUACCGGGAGUUCACCCGGGCUGCUGGGGGCCGCUUCCACUGGUUUGGAGACACAGGUAUUUACGAAAGCGAUGAUAUCAGUGCCAUCACGUCUGAGAUGGAAAAGGCUCUCAACUACUCCCAAAAGUGUGCCUUGCUCGUGUCGUCUCUGAAGAACCAGUCUGGAAAACAACAGGAAAGUGCGGCCCUCCUGAGAGACAAGCCGAAGACGCUCAAGCUGAGACGUCAGCCCGGGAAGUUCUGUCCCUCCAAGCCCAGAGCACGCUCUGUGGCCAGAACGAGCAUUAAAGAUGACCCUGACAGAGAGAAGAGUCCCCCCUUGAAAGCUCUGCUAUGGAGUCCACUCAGUGGCAAAGCGGGCGUCCCCCCAGCUACAGCCCAGCCAGUGAAAGAAGGGACUGCAGAUCGGAGGAGGAAGACCAAAUCAAGGGACGCAGAGACCUCUCUCUCGCUCUUCUAUACAGAGACAGGGAAUAAUGUGGGCUUCGUGUACAGGAAGUACCCUCAAGGAAGAGCCCUAAGGAGGACUAGCUUUUCUAUUGAGUUGCCCAGAAAGGAUACAGUCUGCUCCAGCCUAGAGUGGGUAGCAAAUUAUGGACUAAAAAAACUGAAGAUGGAGAUCUCCAGAUACCUCGGUCCCAAAUGCACUCAUCAAAAGUCAACACAGACGUCGGCGUCAGCCAAAUACUGCAGUAUCUUCCCCAGCAUAGAGAUCAACGGGAUGGUGAGACACAUUCAGUGUACACCCAGGGAAAUCGAAGCGUACAUCACACACCUGGAGAAGGUGAUGCGGCGCUAUGUCCAAAGGCUGCAGUGGCUGCUGUCUGGAAGCCGCCGACUCUUUGGUGCCAUUUUGGAGAGCAAAGUGUGCAUCCUGCUGGACACGUCGGGAUCCAUGGGCCCCUACCUGCAGCAGGUGAAGACAGAGCUCGCUCUGCUGAUCUGGGAACAGCUGCGGAAGCACUGUGACAGUUUUAACCUGCUCAGCUUUGCAGAGGGCCUACAGCCGUGGCAGGACACUCUGGUGGGGACUACAGACGCAGCCUGUCACGAGGCUGUGAAGUGGGUGACCAACCUGCAUGCUCAGGGGAGCACCUCAGUCUUGCAAGCAUUGCUGGCAAGUCCCACCACCAAGCCUGACCCCGUGGCAAAGCAGAAAUACCACCGCCCCUAUCCUGACAUUGCGCCAUGCUUUGCAGUUUACAAAGAGCACUUUAGAAUUUACUGUUAAAUCAUUUCAUCUUCCCAGCAACCCAGUGAGGAUGAGAUUCUCGCUGUUCUCACUUUAUAGAUGAAGACACAGAGGCCCAGAGAGGUUAAGUGACUUGCUUGGGGUUAACCAGCUAGGAAGUGGGCUGAGCUCUUUCUCCUAAACCUCAGCAGCUUCCUGGUCUGUCAAAGGCUGAAAGAGGAGGCUCUCAGUCUUAAUGACAAGUCGGUGAGAUCCAACCAGACUUGGGGACAGCAGGCCAGUGGUUUCUGAGUCCCAGUUGGCCCCUCUUCUGAGCCAGACAACCUACAUGCUCUCUCAGAAAGCUUUCAGUUUUCCUGAUGUGGAAGGACUGUACCUCCUGACGGACGGGAAGCCAGACACAAGCUGCAGCCUUAUCCUCAGUGAAGUCCAAAGACUCACGGAGAAGAGAGACGUGAAAGUGCACACCGUCUCCCUGAACUGCUUAGACAGGUGGGCGGUCAGGAGCUGUAUCCCUUCCCCACGGCCGCGUGGCUGAGGGGCAAGGCUCAUCCUCACCUAAUCCAGGGACUCACGUUAUACGCUGAGCUCUCCUGGGCCCAAGUCCUGUGUGUGAGCAGUUAGGAGGCCCUGGGCAGGCAUUGCACCGGAGAGAGCCCCUCGGUGCCCCUGCCCACCCGUCAGCAUCCUGACUUUCUCCAGCGUGGAAAUGGAUUUGCACCGAUUCCCACAGUCACACGCUGUGUUCUCCCGUUUCGUCUUUCUUGGGGGCACAUUUGUGAAUAUUUAGGGGGAAAAAGUUUAAAGUAGCUAUGGUUAUUUUUUUUUU